AUGCCUCCCAGAUGCUCCAGCACCACUGGAGCGAGCCAACCCAAAGCCCCCUCCCCAACCCCACCCAAUGACCCUAACACCCGCAGAACAAUCAGGAAUCCUACCACAUCCAAAGAAAUAGAAGCUCUGCAAAGUUGCAUUAUGGAUACAGAGUGCGCUGAGAAAUUUCUUUCUGCAAAGCUACUAUGCCAAGAAGGACAACCAUACUCGUUGGCCCACCUUACCACCAUCUUAUUCCACAUCACCCAAAUGUCGGUGGUAACCCCACUCCCAGUCAAUGCGGUUAUCUGUGCAGUCGCAUUCUUACUGAAACAACACGUGGCCUAUGAAAUCACGGAAGCCGCCACUAAGCACAUCUCUGACACGCUUACACCCCAAAUCAUUGACCAUAUCAUUGCUGCUGUUGCUCCCCAGGUUGCAAAUGUACACAUGGCAUCAGAAUCCCUCUCCACGACCCUCAUGCAGGUAAAGGAGCUACAUCAUUCCCUGAAACUAGUCAUGCCACAGCUCAGCUCUGGCUCACUCAGGUUCAACUUUGCCAGCUGUAACCCCAGUUUGGUUAUCCCAGUGAACCAAGCCACCCAUUUCCAACUUGGUUCAGCUCAUUAG